AUGCCUGCUACUGUUUAUUUGAUUGACAGCAUUUGUUCCGUGAAAGCUGUAGAUCUCCCAGACAGCUACGGAAACCAGGUGCACAAACACACCUUUACUUGCUACAAGCGAGGUGAGAAAAGCUGCCGAUUCAACAUCCCAUACUGGCCGAUGGAUGAAACGCGAAUUUUGCUGCCACUCACGGUUGAUGAUGGACGCCGUGCACAACUCAAAAAGAGGUCCGUAGAGAUGCACAAUGUACUGGAGACCAAAGCAUUCGACACUCUCGACGAAUUUCUCGCCGAUUGCAAGUGUUCGUUUGAGAUUUACCUUGAUGUUAUCCGUGCAUCUAUAACACGACCAACGGUAUUGAUCAAACGGUUGAUGACGGAAUUAUGGACCAAUCCUUUCAACCCGUGGAUCGCCAAUGUCUUGCAGUCAAACAUGGAUCUCCAGUUCAUCCUUGAAGAGUUUUCUUGUGCAGCGUACGUCGUCGAGUACGUAAACAAGGCGAAUCGUGGCAUAAGCAGUUUGCACCGUGAUCUUGUGCAGCUUUCUGAGCAGUUCCCGGAUCAAGACCACCUGUCCUUAUUGAAGAAAGUCGGCAUCAAGAUGCUAAACUCCGUUGAAAUGUCUGCACAAGAAGCUGCCUGGUACCUUCUUCGUCAAUCUAUGUCGGAGGCCAGUAGAAAGGUGGAGUUCAUUCCUACCAUGUGGCCGCACGAAAGGACCAAGACAAGAAAGCGUACAAAGCAGAUGGACGAAGAAGGCAUUUCAGAUGAUUCCGUCGACAUAUGGACAUCCAACAUCAUCCAAAAGUACGAGGCACGUGAAGGUCUAGAGGAUGUCUGCUUGGCUGAUUUUGUAGCGCACUACACGAAAGUGAAGAGUUCCACCAACGGAUAUAAUCGUCGAUCCACUGCACGUGUGUUGCGUUGGCGAGCGUAUCCGAUGUCUGACCUCGAUGACUACAAGCGGGAGAUGGUUUUGCUGUUUCUGCCGUUCCGCAAUGAAAUGUGCGAUUUGCUUGAUUGUAACAAAUUCCUGCAGUUGUACGACAAUCAAGAAAGCGCUCUGCUUCUGAAACGUAAGGAAUACGACUGCGAAUUUAAUCUCGAACAUACUGUUGAGGAGUACCUGCGUAUGUGUGGUGCCGACGCAGGUCAAGAGCAGGAGACUGUCACAGACAAACUCAAUGAUUGUGUGCGAACAAUCCAUAUGGAUCCAAACGACGACGAUAUCCAGAACCUGCCAACGAACACGUUGAACGCAGUCGUUAAACAGCGGUCUAAUGUUAUCGAUAAAGAAGCAUACUGCCAAAUGGUACGAGCCACGAAUCCUGAGCAGCGGGCAUUGAUUAUCCAUGUCAUCCACUCGAUCCACAGCUUCGAUGACAUUAGAAAACCGCUACAAAUAUUCUUCACUGGCCCGGCUGGUAGCGGAAAAACCUUCACGUUGCGUAUCCUGAUGGAAACAUACAACCGUUUUAGUCAAGCACACAACGCCCAGAACAACGCAUACGUUGCAUGUGCUUCUACAGGAAAGGCAGCAGUGGCUAUUGGUGGAACAACAGUUCACUCUGCCUUCCGGUUGACCAUGUCCCGCAGGAACAACGCAAAAUUAAGUUUCGAAACCCUCCAGCUUUAUCGGAACGCAUUUGCGCACGUUCGGGCUAUCAUAGUCGACGAAGUGAGCAUGAUUGGCGCCAAUAUACUGGACGCAAUUCACGCGCGGCUACAAGACAUCCGAAGCGAGUAUGAUGAUGCUUUUGGAGGAAUGGACAUCAUUUUCGUUGGAGACUUUCGCCAGCUUCCUCCAGUAAAUGCAAGAUUUGUGUUCAAACCACCUGCAAAUUCUAUGCAUGGAGCUGUUCUUUGGCAGUCACUACAGUUUCAUCCCCUUGUCAGGGUCAUGAGGCAGAGCGAUGAGGAAUUCUCAGCUGUCCUGACGAGUAUUGGAAAUGGUGAACGCUUGUCAGAUGAACAAACUAAGCUCAUCGAAAGCCGAUUUCGUACAGUCCAAUGGUGCAAGGAAAAUGUACCCAACGCCAUACGCCUCUUUCAUCGUAACCUCGACGUGGAACAGUACAACAGCGACGUACUGAGAGAAACGGACGGGCUGGAUUGUCUGGCCGAAGAUCUUUUCAAUGGGUACAGGACUAACGAGCAGCUUGCAAGCGCCAGGAACAAGAUACACAAAAUGAGUGUUGUGGAAGCCGGCGGGUUGCCUUACAUGUUGCGUCUCACCAUUGGAAUGCCUUACAUGAUCACAACAAACGUCGAAGUAGAAGACGGGAUUGUCAACGGUGCAAUCGGCGAGCUGAUGUAUAUAGAACAAAGCGAUGAUGAUCCUGAACAGCAAGUUGCACGACUGUGGUUAAAAUUUGAGAACGAUUCUAUUGGACGGAUUUUGAGAGUGAAAUCCAGGCCUCUCGUACAUUCAAAACCAGGUGUCUUGCAGCAGGAUUGGACACCAAUAGGCAAACGGUCGGUGAACGUAUCCCUCGGGAGUGUCAAAUGUAAAAGGGUUCAGUUCCCGGUGGUCAGUGCCUGUGCUUUAACGGUACACAAAUCCCAGGGUGGAACAUUCCCGCAAAUUGUGUACCAUUACGAGAAAGGACAGGAGCAACAGCUGGUGUAUGUUGGCCUCUCCAGAGUGUCCUCCCUUGAUGGUCUGUUUCUGACCAACGCCAAGAACGACUUCAAGUUUCAUCAUGCCAAGGGUAGCGACACACCGAAGAUACGGGAACUUCGAACGGAAAUGACACGCCUGUCAAAUCACCGUUUGUGCACCAUCAGUGAUGAGUUACUGCAGUUCGUGGAAACCAAGGGCCCUGGCAUUGUUUUGGUAUCCGCAAAUGUUCAGAGUCUGGGUGCUCAUGCUCUGGACAUUAGUACAGACCAUGUACUGAUGACUGGAGAUAUUUUAGCACUGAGUGAAACCUGGCAGGAUGAUGGCACCAUAACUGAAAUAUCAGGAUAUAACUGCGUUUCCCAGUCCAAGCGAUCCAGCACGAGAGCAGCGGGUGUUGCCAUAUACCAAAACAGGUCAGCGUUUAAUGUAGCCAGCCCUCAUACGAUUCAAAAGGCCAGUCGAAGAAACGACACAACGCUCAUUAUGGCAGAUGAAUAUGGCGAUGUUUGUUCUGCUGAGGUCGAUAUUAUGGGCAUCCGUACACUACUGGUUGCGUUGUACAUAUCUCCCAGCACAACCACCAAACAGAAGAAACUCUUCGCGGCGCGGAAUCUCUGUAUGUACGUGAAUUCGAGCAUGCCCAUAAUCGUGACUGGUGAUUUCAACAUCGAUGUCUCGAAGGAAGAAAACACCGAGUUUAUUGACUUCAUGAGGCAAUACCUUCGCAUGGAAUUAGCUACGGAUCCUACUCAAGCAACCACACUCGGAGGAACAUGUCUCGAUCUGACAUUUCACAUUGGACAUCCACGUAUUGUGUACAUCCGUCCACUCACGGAUAUCUUUCCGUGCCCGCAACAUAACUUUUUCCUGCUGUCGGGGUAUCUUUGCCGGUUGAGGGUUUUGGCCUUCCUCCGGUGGAGCUCUACCUUGUUCGAGCCAAAACUCGACGCUGUUAACCUGAUGUUGCACUUCCACGAUUCCUGUUCACCUGAGAAGUGUAUUUCAACUGCUGUAGUGCGAGACGCCCGCUUGCGAAUAUCCUUCUGUGCCUGGGAGAAGUGUCGCAAAUCAACUUUUUCCUGCUGUCGGGGUAUCUUUGCCGGUUGA